UCAUAUUGGUUUAACCAUAAAUUUUCUCGUUUACGUUUUAGAGGAUACAUACAGCCUUUUGGCUCAGAAAUACAAUCUUACAGAUGAUUGUGUUGUCCCAGUGAAAGAUGCAUCAAACCAAGAAGAACUAAUCAUCAUAUAUGAUCCGUCCUGUAAUACAGAGAGAACAUUGAAGGAGUUUGGACACAAUGUAAUGAUUCGAAAUCAAAAGUACGUCAGCAAUGAAGGUGCCGUUGUUUCCAGCAUCUGCAAAAAUAAACAGUAUCCAAUCAGACCGGAAGACAAACACAUUUUAAAACAGGUAUUGAAUCAUCACGCAAAACGUCUGUUUGCUUCUCACUCGAAUCUGAAUAUUAUAACAACUUCUCCUGUUAAGUCUAAAAAAAAAAGGAGAUGACAUUUCUGAACGCCCUUGUAUUGUCUUGGUGUGCAGCUCGAAAGGUUAUAUACCGAAAGGGGAGUCCAAGUUCCCUGACGAACUGAUCUUUGAAAAUACGUCAAUCGUGGUAGAUGUUAGGGAAGGAUACUUUCAGUUUUGUCCUACUUCCUAUUCCACAUUCAACAGUUCUCUUUUCCAUCAAAAUAUCAAAAUGGGUUGUCGUUUUGGUAUUGAAGGCGCGCACAACGCAGGAACUGUUGGUCCUUUUGUUGAUAUUGAGGGACACCAAAUGUUUCUUACAUGUGCCCAUAUCGUGAAUGGUAUCGAUCCCAAAGGAUAUGAUCUGAACAACAUUCAAAACAUGUUUGCUGAACAGCCGGAUGCUAUGACAUAUCCUCAUUCCCAAACUCCAGGAUAUGACACAAGACGUUGCGGCGAAGUGCGGCGAGCUUUGUUUUCACCCAACAACGAUAUCAGUAUAGACGCAGCGGUUGUCGAAAUUACAGAACAGUCAAGAAUACCAAGUAGGGGUGAAUUUGCUAUUGACAGCGAACGUAACUUAAAGGAGGCAGGAUUUGAAGAUAUGCCCCGCUUUGAAUCUGGAGACAUUCACGUUUAUUCGGAUAAAUUUGACACUGAUUUGCGAAUCAACAAAUUUGGAGCAACGACGCAUGCCACACGCGGGGUGAUCAGCAGCGAUGGAACGUUUGCCCGACCUUUGACAACAGAUUUAGAGCUUCAAGGUCAACCUGAUGUGUGUGUAAUGAAAAACCAAAUGGAAGUGUACAGUUUGCAAGGCCAUUCAAACUUCCUCUUACCUGGUGAUUCCGGAUCAGGUGUAUUUGUGGUGAACAAGUUACCAACAGGAGAGCAGAAUCUGACUUGUAUCGGUCUGGCAAUCGGCAGUACAUCGUACGGUUCCGCUGUCGUCACGCCCAUAGCCGCCGUAUUAGAUGCGCUCGGACUACCGAGAAAACUAAAACAAUUUCCCUAAGAUUCUCUGUGAUAUUCAACAAGAAACUAAGUACACAACAUUUCUGUUGCGUCCUUUAUCAUUUUAGAUAAAUGUAGAAUGUUCAGUAAAUCUGUAAUACUAUAUAGUUGAAAGUCAAAAUAUUAAAAUUAAUUUGUGCAUGA